AUGGGUAACGCACAGUCUGGAAUGCCCCGAGGCAACGACAAGAAAAAAGACAAAGAGAAGGACAAGAAGAAAAAGUGGGAACCUCCUGCUCCAACACAUGUUGGUAGAAGAAAGAAAAGGGGACCUGAUACUUCCUCAAAGUUACCACCAGUGUACCCCAACACCCGUUGCAGACUCAAGACCCUCAAGAUGGAGCGCAUUAAGGAUUAUCUAUUGCUGGAAGAAGAGUUUGUGCAGAAUCAAGAGCGUCUGAAACCAGCCGAAGAGCGUGAUCAAGAAGAACGAACGCGUGUCGAUGAUCUUCGUGGUUCUCCUAUGGCAGUCGGCACAUUGGAAGAAAUCAUUGAUGAUGAUCACGUCAUUGUCUCAUCCUCAGUCGGCCCAGAAUACUACGUUUCAGUCAUGAGCUUUGUCGAUAAAGAUCAACUUGAACCUGGAUGCAGCGUUCUUUUACACCACAAAACAAUGGCCGUCGUUGGUGUACUUCAAGAUGAUACCGAUCCCAUGGUCAGCGUAAUGAAGCUCGAAAAGGCACCAACCGAAUCAUAUGCAGAUAUUGGUGGUCUCGAAACACAAAUCCAAGAAAUCAAGGAAGCCGUCGAAUUGCCAUUAACACAUCCCGAAUUAUACGAAGAAAUGGGUAUCAAACCACCAAAGGGUGUCAUUCUUUAUGGUGUUCCUGGUACAGGCAAGACGCUGUUGGCCAAGGCAGUGGCAAAUCAAACCAGUGCUACAUUCUUGCGUAUUGUUGGUUCGGAGUUGAUUCAAAAGUAUCUUGGUGAUGGUCCAAAGCUUGUACGAGAGCUUUUCAGAGUUGCUGAAGAGAACGCCCCUGCUAUCGUGUUCAUUGAUGAAAUCGACGCUGUUGGUACUAAGCGAUAUGAUUCGACUUCGGGUGGUGAACGUGAAAUUCAGCGUACCAUGUUGGAAUUGUUGAAUCAGCUUGACGGUUUCGAUUCACGAGGCGAUGUUAAAGUUAUCAUGGCAACCAACAAGAUCGAUAGCUUAGAUCCCGCAUUGAUUCGUCCAGGACGUAUUGAUCGAAAGAUUGAGUUCCCACUACCCGAUGUCAAGACCAAACGUCGUAUUUUCAACAUUCACACAUCACGCAUGACGCUGGCUGAUGACGUUGAUUUGGAAGAAUUUGUCAUGUCCAAGGAUGAUCUAUCGGGUGCUGAUAUCAAGGCCAUUUGUACUGAAGCAGGUUUGCUUGCGUUGCGUGAACGUCGUAUGAAGGUCGUUGCUGAAGACUUCCGAAAAGCCCGAGAGAAGGUACUAUAUAGAAAGAGCGAAGGCACCCCCGAGGGUCUAUAUCUUUAA